CCAACAAUCCCAUCAAUCACAUUCUCAACCACAAUCUCAACCACAAUCUCAACCACAAUCUCAACCACAAUCUCAACCAGUUUCGCAACCAGUAUCAUAUGAAAUUCAAAGUUCACCUGUUAUUUUUGAUCUUAAUACGGUAUUGAAUUACUUGGAAGGUCACAUUAAUAAUGAUCGUUCUACAACACUUACAGCUCUGCGAACUAGAUUUGGGCUUCUUACCAACGAACUUGUUAAUGAUGGUGUAGAUGCUAUGAUGACCGUUCUCUUUCCGAAUACGUCGAGACGAUCUCGAUCGGCAACUCCAAUUUUAUCACGACCGUCAAGUCCAAUCGUGCCAGAAGAUUUUUACUUCACGAAUCUUGAUGAUUGGACAUAUUCGCCGCCACCUUCUGUUGAGCCUCGAGAUGAUUAUGAAGUAGAGCUGCUCAAGGAUGGUUUAAACCUCCCCCGGUCUAUUUUGAAAAUGGGUACUUCCCAUUCAUGCCAAGACGAGCUCACGAUGUACCUUCAGCUUUUACCAAGCAUGGAAAAACUACAACAUCUGUGCAA